AUGAACAAACUCUCAUCCUUGUUCACUUUUAAGAAACUCUUGAUUGCAGCUUUUUUACUUCGAUUGAUCUUGUUAAUUUAUGGCGAAUUUCAAGACGCUUAUUUCACAGUGAAAUACACGGAUAUUGAUUAUGUUGUAUUUACAGACGCCGCACGCUACAUCACACAAGGAAAAUCACCUUAUUUGCGCGAGACAUACAGAUACACACCGAUUUUAGCCAUGAUCUUGACUCCCAACGUGUAUCUAUUCAAAUCCUUUGGUAAAUGUCUAUUUGCCGCUGCCGACUUACUGGUGGGGUAUUUGAUCCAUCGUAUCUUAGUACUAAGAGGCAUGCCUUCCAAAAGUGCCCUGAAAUAUGACGCCCUCUACUUACUGAACCCCAUGGUGGCGAAUAUCUCGACUCGUGGAAAUGCUGAAUCUCUAUUAGGUGUCAUGGUCUUAGGCACAUUGUACCUUAUACUCACUCGACGUCACUUUCUUUGGGGAUGUGCCUUGUUUGGAUUAUCUGUGCAUUUCAAAAUCUAUCCAGUCAUCUAUGCCGUUCCUUUAUUGGUUUUGUUGGACGAGAAUUACGGCGAUCCUUUCGAAUCAUAUCCGCUUAUUUUACGUAAAUAUCAAUAUGUGAGAUUCAGAUUACUGCACUUGUUGGAUAGCCGGGAAGAUGAAGACAGCUUCAAGAAGACUGUGCGAGCAAUCAUCCAAUUUUUCUCCCCAUUACGUAUUGUAUUUGGUGUAGCGAGUGCAACUGUUUUCUUCGUUCUCACAGGCCUCAUGUAUCAACAAUACGGAAACGAAUUCAUGCAUAAUACCUACCUGUAUCAUGUCACUAGAGAGGAUCAUCGCCACAAUUUUUCGAUUUGGUUUUAUCAAAUGUACUUGGGUAUGGAGAAUACCAGCCCAUGGAUGGGUUUGUUAGCAUUUGUACCUCAACUAGCACUGGUGGUGUUGAUUGGUGUUGCAUUUGGAAAAGACAUCUUUUUUGCGUGUUUUGUGCAAACAUUUCUAUUUGUUACAUUUAACAAGGUCAUCACAUCCCAAUACUUUAUGUGGUAUAUUUGUUUAUUCCCAUUAGUUUUGCCUUCGUCGAAAAUCAACUUUCAGUGGAAGGGACUUGUGCUAUUGAUCGCGUGGGCUGCUGGACAAGGGCUAUGGUUGAAUUUUGCCUAUCAAUUAGAAUUCCUGGGACAAAAUACAUUUUUACAGCUUUGGAUGGCCGGCGUGAUAUUUUUUGUGAUUAAUUGCUGGAUCGUAGUGGAAUUCAUAUUGAAUCAUCAAUACGAGCACAUGUAUGGACAAAGUGCAAGGAUUCGAUGGGUUUGGGGUACUGGUGAUCCAGGCUCAAAAAGACGUUAA